CCUGGAGAUUGCUAGACGGAACUUGAAAGUCGGAGCCAACUUAAGCUGUUGUUGUCUGUCCGGGCCGGUCACCUUUGCAGCAAUUCCUUCUGGUUCCUUCUCCUCCGUUUCCCACGGGAUAAUGAGGACCUGAUUACCUCUCACACAUUCCCUGUUACGCACCGAACUACGAAUUCCAACUCCUGAGUCCGCAUCAAUUGGGUUUCCCCCUCGUUGACCCUGACGCCUCCCCGCAAGCACCUUACUUUCAAGACAGAGAGCAAGGUAGAGAGGAUUCUCUCUGCUGCGAUCGCUGCGAGCCAGCACUAUGAGUUACAUGAAAAAGGAUGAGGACGCCGACCAGACUAUGAUCAAGCUGGAUCGGACGUCUGUUUUCCAAGAUGCACGGCUUUUUAAUACAUCACCGAUAUCCCCUCGACAAUGCCGCACCCUCCUGACCAAGAUCGCCGUCCUCGUCUUUACCGGCGAGCAGUUCCCGACAAACGAAGCGACCACUCUUUUCUUCGGUAUCUCGAAGUUGUUUCAGAACAAGGAUCCCUCGUUACGGCAGAUGGUAUAUCUCAUUCUGAAGGAGCUUGCAAACACGGCCGAAGAUGUCAUCAUGUCUACGAGUAUUAUUAUGAAGGAUACCGCCGUUGGAAGUGAUGUCCUGUAUCGAGCCAAUGCCAUCCGGGCUCUAUGCCGCAUUAUCGAUGCUACUACCGUGCAAGGCAUUGAACGAUUGAUCAAAACCGCCAUCGUUGACAAGACCCCUUCGGUAUCCUCCGCGGCCCUCGUUUCCUCAUAUCACCUCCUCCCAAUUGCGCGUGACGUGGUCCGAAGAUGGCAAAGUGAGACGCAGGAAGCGGCUUCAUCGUCAAAACAAUCGACCGGUUUCCUUGGAUUUGGUGGGAGCAACCAGACUCACGCCAUCUCGCAGUCGAAUUUCAUGACCCAGUAUCAUGCAAUUGGGCUCCUAUACCAGAUGCGCUCUCAUGACCGUAUGGCUCUUGUCAAGAUGGUCCAACAGUAUGGCGCUGCAGGGGUCGUGAAGAGUCCCGCCGCACUUGUUCUUCUCGUGCGCCUGGCCGCGAAAUUGGCCGAGGAAGAUACCGGGUUAAGAAAGCCUAUGAUGCAGAUGCUUGAUGGAUGGCUCCGGCACAAGCACGAGAUGGUAAACUUCGAGGCCGCGAAGGCGAUCUGCGACAUCAGAGAUGUCAGUGACGCGGAGGCUUCACAGGCUGUGCAUGUUCUUCAGCUGUUCCUCUCUUCGCCUCGUGCUAUCACCAAGUUUGCAGCGAUCCGCAUCCUUCACCGAUUUGCGUCAUUCAAACCCCAUGUGGUGAACGUUUGUAAUCCAGACAUCGAGUCAUUGAUCUCGAAUACCAAUCGCUCUAUUGCCACUUUCGCUAUUACCACCCUUCUGAAGACCGGCAAUGAAACUAGCGUUGACCGUCUGAUGAAGCAGAUUUCCGGUUUCAUGGCCGAGAUCACGGAUGAGUUCAAGAUCACCAUUGUUGAGGCCAUCCGAACCCUUUGCUUGAAGUUCCCAAGUAAGCAGGCCGGCAUGCUUUCAUUCCUCAGCGGCAUCCUGCGGGAUGAGGGUGGCUAUGAAUUCAAGCGGAGCGUUGUUGAGAGCAUGUUCGACCUCAUCAAGUUUGUUCCUGAUAGCAAGGAAGAAGCCCUCGCCCACCUUUGUGAAUUUAUCGAGGACUGCGAGUUCACCAAACUGUCCGUUAGAGUUCUGCAUCUCCUGGGUGUUGAGGGUCCGAAGACGUCGCAGCCCACAAAGUACAUUCGAUACAUCUACAACCGAGUGGUUCUCGAAAAUGCCAUUGUCCGUGCUUCUGCUGUCACAGCUCUUGCCAAGUUUGGUGUUGGCCAGAAGGAUCCUGAGGUGAAGUCUAGCGUUUCUGUUCUCCUAACGCGCUGCCUUGACGAUACCGAUGACGAGGUCCGUGACCGUGCUGCUCUUAACCUCCGGUUGAUGGCCGAAGAGGAUGAAAUGGCCGAUAUUUUCAUUAAAAACGAAUCGAUGUACUCGCUUUCGACCUUCGAGCACCAGCUUGUUAUGUAUGUGACAUCUGGCGACAAAGAAACUUUUGCUGCGGCGUUCGAUGUGUCUACGAUCCCCGUCGUUUCCCAGGAACAAGCGUUGGCUGAAGAGCGGACCAAGAAGCUUACGAGUGCUACGCCGACACUCAAGGCUCCCUCAACUGGCCCCCCCAAGGGUGCCAAGGCAAAUGGUGUUGCCGAGGCUGCCACCGCAGCGGCUACUCAGAAGUAUGCAGAGCAGCUUAUGCAAAUCCCCGAGCUCAAGGCAUACGGAGCAUUACUCAAGUCUUCUGUUCCCGUCGAACUCAGCGAGAGCGAGACAGAGUAUGUUGUUACUGCUGUGAAGCACAUUUUCAAGGAGCAUAUUGUUUUGCAGUACGAUAUCAAAAACACCCUUCCGGACACUGUUUUGGAAGAUGUUACUGUGGUUGCAACGCCAUCAGAAGAGGAUGUCCUCGAGGAAGAGUUCAUUGUUCCUGCGCCCAAACUGAAUGCCAACGAGCCCGGUGUCGUAUAUGUCACAUUUAAGAAACUUGAGGGUGAACAGAGCGUCCCUGUCGUGUCAUUUACAAACAACCUCAAGUUCACCAGCAAAGAAAUCGACCCUACGACCGGGGAUCCAGAAGACAGUGGAUACGAGGAUGAAUACCAAGUCAAUGAUCUCGAACUAGCAGGCAGCGACUAUGUGAUCCCCACAUUUGCUGGCAGCUUCGACCACGUCUGGGAGCAGACAGGUGCCAAUGGCGAGGAAGUCAGCGAGACUCUCCAGCUCAGCAAUCUGAAGGGAAUUACAGAUGCAACCGAGCAAUUAAUUUCCGCACUCUCCCUCCAACCCCUCGAGGGAACCGACGUCGCCCUCAGCAACAGCACGCAUACCCUGAAAUUAUUCGGAAAGACAGUGUUAGGAGGCCGAGUCGCCGCCCUCAUCAAGAUGGCAUACUCUAGCAAGACCGGAGUGACGACCAAACUCACAGUGCGUGCCGAAGAAGAGGGCGUGGCGGCUGCUGUGAUUGCUUCUUUGGCAUGAGCCGGUUGCAUUGUGUAACUUGUGAUUUUGCGGAAGGUAUAUUCAGGCGGCGACGAGUCUUGCAUAAUGAAAUCAGACCUGUUUUCAAUUUUUCUUUUACCCUUUUUACACUUUCGCCCUCUAAUGCAGGUGUUGAGUUAGAUGCGAUGAAUGAUUUGUGUAGGCGUCUAAACCCAUUGAUUUUCCCCUUUUCCUUUCCUUUCACUUUCCGCACGCUCCUGUGUCCUACUCUGAUGAUUGCAUUUUGGCAAAUAAAAUAUUAUUUCUUUCCGUCAUGUCCCUUUUUUGCUUCUGUUAACGGCCGGGCGUAGCGCCCAGUUGUACACCAUAUAUCCACAUGUGCCCAUGUUGUCAUAGUAAUAUCGCUAUAUAUGCUGCUACGUAUUGAAUGUUGAACCGUAGGAUUUAGCAGGUUGUUUAUAUGCUUGCUGUAUCACUGCCAUUUCUAGAUAAGAUCACGGCUUUCUCAAGUACGGUU